UGAGAGGUGAGAGUUCAGAGGUCGGAGUCUAAAGGUCGUUUUGCCGGUACAUGUGGCCACGCACCGCGGAUUAGGGAUUAACCGGUACUACACAUAGGAGAUGGCUUGGUCCAACCCCCGUAUGCAGUACUCCUGCAUGAGGAGAUACCGUGGUCCAGUCAAGCUGGUGGUACUGGACUGGGCAGGGACUGUCAUCGACUACGGGGUGUGUGCGCCGGCACUCACCUUCUCUGAGAUCUUCAAGAAUGAAGGUGUUCCCAUUUCUAAUGAGGAGGCCAGGGGGCCCAUGGGAGCACACAAGAGGGUUCACAUCCAGCGUGUUCUAGAGAACGAAAGUGUGAGAGGCAGGUGGAUCCAGAAGUACGGCAGCCCCCCCACGGAGGAGGAUAUCGAUCGCAUGUACGCCAACUUUGUACCCAUGCAGCUGUCUGUCAUGAAGAACUACUCCACCAUGAUACCAGGUGCUGUGGAGACAGUGAACCAGCUCAGAGAGAAGGGAAUCAAGAUCGGGUCCACGACAGGCUACACCACCCCCAUCCUGGACGACCUAAAGCCCGUGGCUGCGCAGCAAGGCUAUGUGCCUGACUUCUACGCUGCGGCAGACAUGGUGCCCCAGGCGCGACCAUGCCCUUAUAUGGUGUGGCUGAAUGCCAUCAAGCUAGACGUGCAUCCUAUUGAGGCUGUUGUAAAGGUGGAUGACACAGUGGAUGGAGUGAAGGAAGGAACUUCGGCAGGAUGCUGGGCUGUGGGCGUGGCAAAAACGGGUAACUACGUGGGAGCGACCGAGGAGGAAGUGGCUGCCAUGAGCCAAAGCGAGCUGAACAGGAAGUUACAGCGUGCCUAUGACACUCUGAUCGACUCAGGUGCUCACUACGUCAUUGACAGUAUCGUGGACCUGCCAGACGUCAUAGCAGACAUCAACCGACGUUUGGCAGCCGGGGAGAGGCCUUGAUUCCUCUCCUGCCAUGCCUAAUGCAAGCCAAUCAGAUACUCAAAUCUUCCUCCCUGUUGUUCAACAUGAAGUUACCAGCCAAUUACAUUAUCACUUGUCUGUUAGGUGCAAGUUGAUUGGCUACAGACAGUGGAGUAUCUGAUUGGCUUGUGGCUGGCUAGUGCUAACACAGCCAAUCACGUUCCUUCUCAACUGUUGGACACAACUUGAUUGGCUGGGGAUAACAGACAGGGGAAUAUCUGAUUGGCUUACUAACACAGCCAGAAGGAUGAAUAGUAGGCUGUUUUAAGCCCAUCCCAUUAUACUUCUCAAACAUUAUGAGCAGAAGAGCAUGUGACAAAGAAGAGAUGAGACUCAUCUCUAGUUCAGUUUUCACUAGGAAACCACAAUCAGUAAAAUGCAAUUUCAUAUCAACAUUUAGAGUAAUUAACUUAAAAUUUUAACAGAGCCUUUUUAGUUUUAUAACACAUGUAUGUAGCAAUGUAAACUAGCCUCACAAUUCAGCCAUUAGAGCUGCAAUGUGUUGUUGUUUAAAUAAACCAGUCUACCGCAAGUCUACUACUACAACUACUAGUACAGAUGAAAAAUGUUGAGGAGUUGUAUGCUCAAAUAAAUUUGUGUUGAAAAGAAGAUAGUGGGUGGUCUUUGUUAUUGAUGUGGAAUAUCCACAGAUGUGAAUCAGCGAGAAAUUCACAAUUAUGAGGAAAAAUUGCAUAUCAAUAAUUAAUACUCUAAACACUAGACAAAGGUGUGAAAUCUGCACUUUCUUGUUGUGUUAUGAAAUUCUCUUUUUGCUUCUCCCUGUGCCAUGGCCUAUGUAUGAUUAUGUAUGAUUCAACCAUGCAAUGGUCUACAUGUUCC